AUGACCAUGACGACCACUGAACCUCUCCCUGCCUUCUUGCCCACGGCGCCGCAGCAGGCCUCUGACACGUCCUCCGAGUCUGUCAGCGGCAACUCGCCUGCUCUCCCAACCAUGCCUUCCUUCGCCCAGGGUGCACCCUACACGUACACUACCCCUAUGGCUGUUCCUUCCUCGCUGCCUUUACCUCCGUUCCCCCAUGGGAACGGAAUGAUGGGGCUCACUGCCGGCAUGGCCAACAUGUCUGGUCUGGGCAUGUCGCAGGCCUACCCGGACAUGAACGGCUCCAUGGACAGGCCGUCGCCUCCUUGGGCUGAGGCAUACCCUCUCCCACCCGUCACGCUCAUGGGGCCCUUCUACCCCGUCUCGGCUCCUCCUAUCGAGAGCGUUCCUACCGGCCAGUCUGCACUGGGCUUCAUUCCCGGGCCGGUCGCCUAUCCUCAACCUGGUCAGAACACCGUCCCCGCGCCUCCUCCCGGUCAACGCAUGCCUCGCCCUCACCCUUUCCUCGUGCCUUCAAGCGUGCGCGAGUUUGACAUCGCUGGCAUUUUGGAAAGGCAGGGUGUGCCCCCCGUGGCCAUCCACCUCUGUGAGGCUCCUCAGCGCCAGGAGCGCCUUUGGCCAAACGCGUACUACGAGUGGAUGAACAAGACUGCUGAGAAGGCUCAGGCCAUUCUCGUCAACCACUCGUAUCUCGUGAGCCACUUGAACAUUGUGGUCUCACUCUUCUCGCCACCCAUUUGUCACCCUCUGCCCCCGGCGCCUGUCGCACCUCGUCUCAUCCGCCCCAUGGUGUUCAAGGGUGACAUCAACCAUGCGACCAUGCCAUCUGAAGGCCAGAUUUGGGACACUGUCCGCGGCUGGGGCUCGAUUCGCCACAUCUCUGUGUUCCUGGAGGUCAACCAGGGAGGGGCCUCGUCGCCCGGCGUCGGAGAGUACCGCUGGCGUGCCAAGGUCGAGUUCUGGUACGAGGACGAAGCUGCCAUGUUCGAGCAGGGCUUCAGUCGCAUGGGUGGUACGGUUGUGGGCUGGCAAGUCGACAUUCGCCGUGAUCCCUCGUACAUCCCGUUCACGCCGAUGCCGUUCCAGCAGCCCCCUCAGGGUCCCCCGGGUCAGCAAGUCCCUCCCAUGACUACCGUCAUGUCUGAGGCUCCCCCCGUCGAAUCUGUCUCCGAGAAUGCUGCUUCAGAGCAGACUCCCAAGCCUGAGCAGGCGAAGGAGUCGGAGUCGGCUGGCGAGGUGAAAGUCACGCCCCCGUACAGUGCUGUGCUCAAGGCGCCUCCCCCAGGUGCGCAGGGCAGCGAUUCUUUCAAGACUGUCCAGAUCAUCCAGCAGCCCGCUUUCCUGCCAGGGACCGGACAGACGCUGCCUAACGGCGCUGCCGCUGCGCUCGAGCCCGUGCCGCCUCUGUCUCCUCCCAACUCGGCCAACCAAUAUAUCUCGCCGUGGGCUUCGCACAACCCGAACGCGCCCAUGCCUCUCACUCCUCCUUACCCGAACGAGAACUUGCCUGGCGACCGUCGCCAGGGUAACUUUGGCAAGCGUCGUGGCAGCAACCACAAGGGCACUUCUCGCGUCGGCUGGAGGCAUGUUCCCGGCGGCGUUGUCGGCGACGAUGGUACCGUCAUUCAGCACGGCCCCGGACAGCAGAUCCACCCGUCGCCUACCCAGGGUCCCGGUUCCAACAGCUACACUGGUCUGGUUGACUACUGCAACCUGAUUGUCAAGCUCGGCAGCGGCACCCUGUACGUCGCUUACCACCAGCCCCGACGCCAGUACAACAAGGCGUUUACGCACCCCGGCAACAAGCGCGAGGGGUUCGGCGACCGCAAGAACACUGGUUUCAUCCCUCGCGGCGAGCUCGAGGGCAUCACUCUGACCGAGCUGGCCGCGAAGAGCCCCGUGGCUGUUCUGAACUUUGUGAAGCGCGGCGGCGACAGGUUCUGCAACCGCCUCGGACUCGAGAAGAGCGAUGCCGAGAUCACCGCCGGCACCAAGGUCGACAUCAUCUGCCACAUUCACAAGACUGCCUGUGAGCUCGCCUUACCCCAAGCUCAGCUGACGUCAGCGCCCGGCGAGAGCAAGAGUCGGACCCUGCAGCGUAUCAAGGACUAUGUCAACGGUCUGAGUGCCGAGGACGAGGCCGCGAUGCGCGACCUCCUUCCCUUCCCCGCCCUCGUCGACGCGAUGGUGCAGCACCAAAAGUGA